AUGAUUAUUUUGCUUUAUCGCUACACCAGACACCCACAAUAUAUCUAUCCUCCUCCUGCUGCUGCUCCUCUUCGACGCUCGUCUAUCGACCCUGCACACGUCUCUGUGCCGGCUGCAUCAACCGCUACCCUACGCCCAUCGCCCAUCGCAUCGUCUGUCGCCAGUCGCGUGCCCCAUCAUCCAACAACCAACUCGCCCCGACUCAUUCCUAUCUGUCCAGACUAUCCUGUGCGCAACACACCUACCAGUCUCGCUGCAGCCUGUCACACGUCCGACUUCUCAGAGGACGUAACACCUUCCGUCUCCACCACGUCCUCUCAUGUUCCUCGUGCAGAAACUCGAUCAAAAUCCUUUCUAUUCUCCUCGUCAACAUAUCACAAAAGUUCUCUCAUGCCGGACGAGAGGCUUCCCCGAUCCACGCUGCCUAAUAAAAGGACCCGUGCGCCUCCAUUUGUCAACGAACCCGUCCCCGUGACCACCGCUCCGGCCGAGAUCGUUCACACCAACCCGGUCGUGAUUCCACCAAAACAUACCUCUGACAAUCCGUAUCUCAACUCGAGAGCUACGCGAAAUGCUAGGAGGAAUUCGGCUUCGGCACGAAUAUCCCCUUCUGGACAGACGCCAGACAACAACUUGCCGUCGUCGCUAGCCACGCUUCUCGAGACAACAUCCAUCCCUCGAAGAAGCAGAAGCGUCCGACAUCCGCGCAAGCUCCCUCCAGGCAAUCAUGUAGAGGAUUUCAGUCGGCUUCUCAUGGAAGGUGUCCGAUUGCGAGAUGAUUCCUCCAGUCUAGAUGCCUCUGUGAGUUCGCCGCUCGAUUCUUUGCUAAGCCCGCCGGGCGAGGGAUUUCAUCAGACGGACGCUUCCAGCCAUACAGGGCACCAGAGGCCCUUGUCAGUCCGUUCGGAAUCAUCUGACUCUAUGCCUUCCCUCGAUAAUGACUUGAACUCAUUGAUUACCUCAAGCCCGACCACACCGUCCUCAUCAAUCCACCGAAGGGCUCCUGAUAGACGGAAACAGCUUUCCCCUCCGCAGGAAUGUGCCACCGAUCAUCCUCUUUUAGAAACCGAGCUGGACUCCUUUGACUCGUGUUUUGAGUCUUCGGAAACCACCCCUACUCCAUUAACGAAAAGCCGCUCGUUCCGAACAUUUCCUCGACUAGGUUCCACCUUCAAAUCCAACCUAACUGCCUCGCUGAGGGCCAUUAAAUCGGCAGCUCAGUCCGUGUCAAAUUUCACAACGCCCUCUGUCCAACCAGAUGACUUUUUGACGCGGUCUCUCUUUUCAAUCACGCCCGAGUUAACCGACGAUCGACGCCCACUCCCCAUGAACGAGCCCCCGUCGCCAGCUCUACGUCGUUAUCUCAACCCAAUUACAUUGUCUCCGGCCGAAAUGUAUGUCUACAACGAGCCUCGACAGGAAGUCAACCGAGACUUGAACAAUACGCCUGCAUCGAUUCAGAUGCAAACCUACAAUCGAUCAGGACAUUCUUCCAAGCGCGACCGAUCCAGCGCAGGCGGAGACAACAGCCAACAAGCUGUCCUCUUCGAUCCGGAAGUCCCCUCGUCCCGUCAGCGAGAGCCAAGGGAAAAUAGCGAUUUCCUGCGCAUGGUAGUCCUGGAGAUGAACAUGCGGCGCCGUGGCAAACUGCGCGACGACAUCCCUACGAGAGCGAAGAUCUGGCUACCUCCGCGCAAAGGUUUACGUAUUGUGCCUGACAGCGAGAAUGAGAACUACGAGGAGUCGGCCAUUCCUCAACGGUGGAUUGGGAUAUCCAUCGAGUACACGCAGUAA